UAUAUUCCGCCAUCCCAAAAAUCCGGCAAUGGCAACAACAGCACCAGCAAGACCUUUCUCAACUCAUCUGCGCUCGCUAUCAUCUCGCAAUUUCCUAAACGGCACCAGUUUCAUUCAUCAUCAGGAGAGCAAGAACAAGACGAAGAACACUACUACGCUCUCAUUAAAAAGCACAAGUUUUCAGCCAAUUGCGGCCUUGCCUUUCAAUCUCUCGCCUCCUCCAAUUGAUCACGACCUCCUAGACAAAGUGAAGAGUGCAGGGGCAGGGGUUUCGGAAAAUGGGAUUGUUGAAACAUUCGGCAAUGAUGAUGAAUCUCUGGAUGCAGUUGAAAAUGGGGUUGCAGUGGUGGAUCUUUCACAUUUUGGAAGGAUAAGAGGUACAUUCUUCCCUGUCAGUGGAGAUGAUCGUAUUCAGUUACUUCACAAUCAAAGCACUGCAAAUUUUGAAAAUCUUCGAGAAAGACAAGGAUGUGACACUGUUUUUAUUACACCAACAGCUCGGACAAUAGAUAUUGCUCAUGCUUGGUUCAUGAAAAAUUCUAUCAUGUUGGUGGUCUCACCGCUGACCUGUGGAAGCAUAAGUGACAUGCUCAAUAAGUUCAUAUUUUUUGCUGACAAGGUAGAAAUUCAAGACAUCACCAAGCAAACUUCCUUAUUCAUUCUAUUGGGACCUAAAAGCAACACAGUAAUGAGCAGUUUGAACCUCAGUGAUCUUGUUGGACAGGCAUAUGGCACACAUCGACAUUAUAGUGUGAAUGGCAUUCUUUUAUCUCUUGGUACUAUUCUGAUGGGUUCUAAUGCCUGGGAAAAACUAAGGGUUAUUCAAGGGAGGCCAACACCUGGAAAGGAGCUUACUAAUGAAUUCAAUAUUCUGGAGGCUGGUCUCUGGAACUCAGUUUCUCUAAACAAAGGAUGUUAUAAGGGACAAGAGACCGUUUCUAAGCUCAUAACAUACGGAGUUAAGCAGAGAUUAUGGGGAAUUUGCCUCUCAGCACCAGUAGAGCCUGACAGCGCAAUAAUGGUUGAUGGGAAAAAGGUGGGGAAACUGACGGAAGAAAAGAGUCUGAUCAUUUUGGUUUAGGCUACAUUAAGAAGCAAGUUGCUUUAGGAGAGACGGUCAUUGUGAGAGAGAACAUUGUUGGGACAGUGGUGGAAGUUCCUUUUCUUUCUCAGCAGCAUCCCCCAACGAAAAGCACGACUCCUUGACGUUCGCAAUCUUAUUUAGGAGUAUACAUGAGACAGUAUCACGACCCCAUGUUACUAACGGGGUGAGAUAGUUCAAUAGAACAAGAUUUCAAAUUUGCCUGGAGUGGUGGUGCUUGUUAAGAAUGAUAACGGAUGGUUAUUCUUGAAUAAUGCCAACACUUGGAUGAAAGAGAUUUUGACAUAUAUAUGGCAAAUACAAGUCAUUAUAUAAUUAGACAAUUUAACAUCGUCACUAAAGUGAGGAGAUGAGAUUGUCCACAUUGUUGUGCACAGCAGUCCCGCUUGCGGCAGCAAGCAGGCUGUCCGCGUAAACUUGCUCCCUCGCGUGUUGUAGCGAGCGAACAGGUUUGGGGACGCCAUCCACGUGGCGUUGCAUGUGACAAGGUUGAUCGGAACUGGCUGCACGGGUUUUUCUGCUCAUGCAGCAAAAGGGUUUUGCUCAAUUUACGAGCAACCAGUUUGACUGCAUGUUAAUGCAUGUGGUCAGACUGUGUGCUCGUAAAUUGUGGAUUUUUGAGAAUAUAGUGAGUCAAUUGACUUGCUAUUUGUGCCAUACGCAAGGACACAUCUUAAAGUAAUAAAAUAGUUGCUGCCCACGUGCGUUGUUGUUGCGCACGAGAGCUUUUACGAGCAGCCUGCGUAAUGGCACAUGUGGACCAAAAUUUUGGGUUGAUGAUUGACGCACGUAAGUUUGCAUGAUGGUUGACAAUGUGUCCUAGCACAUAAGAGAUAAUCUGGUGGCCCAAUUAUUGACGUCCAUGAACAGGGAUUAAACUGCAAAGUUUAAAAACUAUUGGACCUAUCAAAUCUACAAAUUAUGAGGGGGUAAACAAUAUUUUACAGACCAAAUCAAAAUAUGUUUUUGAUUGAUUGAAUGCAAUGUUCUAGUGUAUGAAAUUGCAUGGUGCUCGAUACAUUAGCCUCAAACCUAUGAUGUUUGAUAAUGCAUUUUAUUUUUGGGUUGUAAUAUUUUUA